AUAGUAAUUAAAGUGUUUAACUAUAUUAAGUGUUUUCCUGAGAUUAGUCUACAGGUGAGCGAAGAUCUCACAUUUUUACAAAAAAUAAUCUAGAUUAUUAAAUAAAAUAAUAAAAUAUUAGCACAAAACAAAACUUUUAUGUAACUAUGUUAACCGGCUUCUUACACUAUUAUGCUUUUAUUAAUGCUUCUUAUGAUCCUAAUUUAACAAAAUAGGUACCUAUUGAUUAGAAUAUUUCGCCUGGAAUAUCAUAAUUACCUGUUAAACAACACGACACUAGUUUGACUGCAAUACGUUUUUAAUAGUUUCCUCCCCGAUUGAUUUAUAUUUUCUACUUAAUUAAAAAAUAUAGGUGUUACGAUUCCAUGUGUUUGUAAAUGAAUAAAUUAUAAAUGUCGGCCGUUGGCGACUACUGUCAAACUCAACAGUCCGCCUCCUUCGCACUCAUGGGAUGUUCAUAUACAUGAUGGCUUCCCUUUUGCACACUUCAGCUAACUUUAAGCGUCAGCAUCAUCGUAGAUCUGUGAUUGCAGCCACAUUUUUCAAAUUUGCCGCCUGGUCCUACGGACGAAUAUGUGUGUCCACCUAUGUAGAAUCGAUUACAUAUAUAUAAAUAUUUUGAAGUCACGUUUCAGUAAUAAAGUAUUAUGUAUAAAUGUGGGUCUGUAAUGUUUUAAGGACAUUUUGUCAAUUAUUUAUUAUAUAAUAGCUCUCAUUACGUCGACCACAUGAAACAUGCCAAAAUAAAGACAUACCUAUUUAGAUAAAAUUACUUUUACAUUAAGUACUUAAUAAGAAGUAAGACCGAUUAAUAUCGUGUCGACAUCAUAGUCACCCUAAUAUGUUUGACAAUAUAGUCUUGUAUUUUUAUCGUAAAAUUGAAUAAUUGUCACUUACCUGUGAAAAGAUAUUCCACAAUCAGCAUAGCUUUCACUCCUCCAACCCGUCACACAACAUUUUUUAAACCUUUUUUAGCAAUAUUAUACGUAUCAAUGCUGAGCGGCGCCAUUAACGUAUUUUGAAAAUAUACAAAAAUAUGUCAUCAAGUUGGGGGAUACCAAUGAAUAUUCAAAGUUACUACAAUUUCUACCAUAUUAAAUUUAACGUUUUUUUUUUUUUGCUUACAAGCUUGUUUUGAUAAGUUAAUAAUAUUAGCAUUAUAAUUCAUUGCAAAUUACUUAAAAGACAUCAGAACCGUAAUUUGAAUAUAGCGCUAAAAUAGUAUAAGAAGGUUAUUAAUUUCAUUAGUAUAUUGAUAUUAUUACUACUACAAUGGUAUCUUUUUAACAAUGGCAACAUAACAUGUGCGAGUGAGACACAGGGCUCCGGUUUUGCUAUCUCAAGUGGACCGUUUUCUCUUAGUCUGGUACGAACACCUUUCUGUCUCGGUGAUAAGGUUCAAUUUGGUAUGGCAAAAAAAGUCAUUGCGCUGUCCACUUUAAUAUAUACCUUCAUGGUAGCAAAUAGCAAUACAAUACAAAUUGUAUGUCUAUGAAUACAACUUAUUGUUGAUGGUGUUACGGUUGGUUGCAUUGCAGUUGUGUUCACAUGUCAAUUUCACUAUUAUGUUAUUACAAUUUGCACCAUGUUAACAUUUAUUAUUUUGCGGAUUUUGCCGCUAAAUUAAAUAUAAACAAUGGUAGACAUAAAUAAAUACCUCGAAAGUCAACUGGCACUUGCUAAGCAAAAAUGUGACAUAAAAGCGAGCUCUAAAAAGUCUUUGGUGUCAGAGAAAAGUAAGGUGGCCGCCGAAUUAAUAUCUAAAAAACAGGACAAAACUUUAGUGAAUAAAAAAUGUUCUAAUUCUAAACAUGAACUGAGGAAUAAUGUAGACGUAUCACAUGCUCCUACUCCUAAUACGUCUGCCGUGCGGGACUCUGAUGAAGGCAGUGAAUAUUUACCUUCUGGCGAAGAUGAAGAAGAAGCGGAGAUACCUAACAUUAACAUCCCUGCAUUCCCCACUACGUCGCGCACCAGGCAAAACGUGAAGAAAAUAAUAGAUGACGGUGACACACAUCUCUACAAUGAAAGGUUAGAAAACUGGAAAAAAUACCUUUCAGCAGCUCGCGCCGGAAAUUAUGAAGGAGACUCCAUGUCAGCAGAUAUCAACUAUGUUCUAGAUGGCCACAAGGAUGUAGAUGAAUUACAUGAACUGCAAAAUGGCCUUAAUGUCCCUACUUACAUUUGGAAGCAAUUGUACAAGUAUCAAAAGAUUGGUGUCAAGUGGUUAUGGGAGUUGCAUCAGGUGCAGUCUGGAGGUUUACUUGGUGAUGAAAUGGGAUUAGGAAAAACUGUACAAAUUAUAGCAUUCCUGGCUGGACUGUCCAAGACUCAUCUAGGCAGCUGGGGUGGACUAGGCCCAUCCAUAAUUGUGGCACCAGCUACCGUUAUUUUCCAGUGGGUAACACACUUUCACUACUGGUGCCCUUACAUUAGGGUUGCUGUGCUCCACCACUCUGGCUCUCACUCUGGAAAUCACAACAGACUUAUUCGGGAUCUGCAUGAUUCACAUGGCAUCUUACUCAUAACAUAUGCUGGUGUUGUCAAAUACAGCAAAGACCUGAUGGUCAGGAAAUGGCAUUACAUUAUAUUGGAUGAAGGCCACAAGAUCAGAAACCCUGAAACUCAAGUUAGUAAGCUUGUUAAAAAAUUUCAGACACCUCACAAAAUACUAAUUACUGGAUCUCCUAUGCAAAAUAGUUUACAAGAACUUUGGUCAUUAUUUGACUUCAUGAGGCCUGGCCUUCUUGGUACUUAUAAUGCAUUUAUGGAACAUUUUGCUCAACCAAUAACCCAAGGAGGAUAUGCCAAUGCUACUGAAUUCCAAGAAGCAACAGCUUUUGAAAUUGCAAAAGCACUUAAAAAUAUGAUUACACCAUACAUGUUGCGCAGAACCAAAGCAGAAGUGCAGGAGCAUAUAAAACUGCCUGAGAAAAAUGAACAAGUACUUUUCUGUGCAUUGAGCCAGGAACAGAGAGACCUGUAUAUGGGUUAUCUUAUGAGUUCAACUGUAAGGAGUAUUCUAGAUAAAGAAAGCAGAUAUGGUGAUCCACUGAGAGCCAGAGUAUUAGUUGCUCUAUCAACAUUAAGAAAAAUCUGCAACCAUCCUGAUCUAUAUCUAUAUGAAGCUCAAGAGGAAUGUGAAAAAAUUGAUGAACAAUCUUUUGGUUCUUGGAAGAGGUCUGGUAAAAUGACAGUAGUACAUUCUCUUUUAAAGAUAUGGCAGAAGCAAGGUCACAGAGCCUUGAUAUUUUCACAAUCAAGAGCAAUGUUAUGUUUACUGGAACAGUAUUUACAAAACCAAGAUUAUAAAUACUUAAAAAUGGAUGGCACUGUAAGUGUUGGUAUUAGACAAAAUUUAAUUAAGAACUUCAAUGAAAAUCCAGAAUAUCUGGUAUUCCUGGCAACAACAAGAGUCGGAGGCUUAGGAGUAAAUCUCACAGGAGCUGAUAGGGUAAUUAUUUAUGACCCCGAUUGGAAUCCAGCCACAGACAGCCAAGCCAAAGAAAGAGCUUGGAGAAUUGGUCAGCAGAGAAAAGUUACUGUGUAUAGACUUUUAUCUGGAGGCACUAUUGAAGAAAAAAUAUACCAAAGACAAAUAUUCAAACAUUUUCUAAGCAAUAAAAUACUAAUAGAUCCAAAUCAAAAAAAUGUUCUAACAACUAGCACAUUACAAGGUCUUUUCACUUUUGAUGAACUAAAUUGUGAAGGAGAUACUGAAACUGCAGCUCUUUUUAAACAUACAAAGGUCAGUGUGAAUCAUAGAAAACAAGAAACAGAUAAGCAAGUAGCUACAAAUAGUAGAGACUCAAUAUCAAAAAAGAAAUUAGAAGAAAUGAGAAGACAGGCCAGGGAAAUAAGCAGAAAAAUUGCAAGUAAUGUUAAGCCGAAAAUCACAGAACAUGCAGAAGAUCCUCGAGAAAAAUACAAGAAAAAAAGAGAUCUCCUUAUUAAUCCUCCUGUAGUCCAUCCACCAGAAAUAAAUUUAAUUGAUGACAAAGUUACCAAUGUUCCAUUUGACAGUGUUUUAUCAGAGUUAGAUAUCAUUAACAUGCACUCCAAGAAGGAUUAUGAAGAAAAUUUACUCAAAGAGGCACUUAAAGUAAAAGAGACCGAAUUAGAGGAGGGUGAAGUGUCUGGUGAUGGAGAUGAUGAUAUUAUGCAAAAUGUAGAUAUUAUGAACAAUUCUGGUAACCCAGAAAUUGUUAAUGGUGAUGAAGAUUCUGAACACAAAAAAGAAUCAUCAAUAUCAUUAGAAAUUGUACCUGAUAGUAAAGUAGAGAAUGAGAUUCACAGUGAAAUUAAUGAUCAAUCAAACCCACCAGAAAGUGUACUUAAUAUUGAAGUAGGCCAAACUUUUCAUAAGCAUCACAAAUCAAAACGCAAAAGAAAACAUUCUUCAGACAAUUCUGAACCAGAAAUAGAGAACUUGAUAGCCAUGAAAAAGGUCAAAAAGAAGAAAAGUAAGAAAGAAAAAGAAAAGCUUCACAAUGACGAUGAUUACGUUUUGAGCAAGUUGUUUGCAAAAGCUGGAGUAAAGAAUGCAUUACAGCAUGAUGUAGUGGUAGGUUUGGCUGAAAAAGAGAAGAGACAUCGGUUGAAAGAAGAAGCUACUAAGAAAGCGAGACACGCUGUUAGAGCUGUAAAGUUCUCUACAAAAUAAUCUCAAUUAUAAUAAUUAUAGUUUAAGGAAUAUGUUAAUUGAAUUAAUAUUUUUAUAUGACUAAUCCUUCACUGGGCUUGAUUUUGGUUUUAUGUAUGAAUAAAUAUACAGUAAAACGAUUA